AUGGAUUUGUACUUGUUUGGAUUUGUGUUGUCGUUUCUGUUGAAUUCAACCCGCGGACUGGCUGGCUAUCCGAUCUGGUGGUCUUUGGCUCUGGGGCAUCAGUACUCGUCUCUCGGUUCCCAGCCCAUCCUGUGCGGUAGCAUCCCUGGUCUAGUCCCAAAGCAACUCCGCUUCUGCCGGAACUACAUCGAGAUCAUGCCCAGUGUGGCCGAGGGGGUGAAGAUCGGAAUCCAAGAAUGUCAACAUCAAUUCCGGGGCAGGAGAUGGAACUGCACCACGGUCAAUGAUAACCUAGCUAUCUUCGGGCCAGUUCUGGAUAAAGCCACCCGGGAGUCUGCCUUUGUCCAUGCCAUUGCCUCAGCUGGAGUGGCCUUUGCCGUGACACGUUCCUGUGCCGAGGGCUCCAACACCAUCUGUGGCUGUGACUCACACCACAAGGGUCCACCGGGCGAGGGUUGGAAGUGGGGCGGCUGCAGCGAGGAUGCCGAAUUUGGCGUGCUGGUGUCCAGGGAGUUUGCAGAUGCACGGGAGAACAGGCCGGAUGCCAGAUCCGCCAUGAACCGACAUAACAACGAAGCUGGACGGACGUCAAUCCUGGACCACAUGCACCUGAAGUGCAAGUGCCAUGGUUUAUCUGGGAGCUGUGAGGUGAAGACUUGCUGGUGGGCGCAGCCGGAUUUCCGGGUGAUCGGUGAUUACCUGAAGGACAAAUAUGACAGUGCAUCUGAGAUGGUGGUGGAGAAGCACAGAGAGUCCCGGGGCUGGGUGGAAACCCUUCGUGCCAAGUACGAGCUCUUUAAACCACCAACCGAGAGAGACCUUGUCUACUAUGAAAACUCGCCAAACUUUUGUGAGCCAAACCCCGAAACUGGCUCUUUUGGGACCAGGGACAGGAUCUGUAAUGUCACUUCUCAUGGCAUUGAUGGCUGCGAUUUGCUGUGCUGUGGUCGUGGACACAACACCAGGACGGAGAAACGCAAGGAGAAGUGUCACUGCAUAUUCCACUGGUGCUGUUACGUCAGUUGCCAGGAGUGUGUCCGUGUAUAUGAUGUACAUACAUGCAAAUAACAGGAUACACCCCCCUCCCCCACAUCAAUAACAAACCUCACAUACACACAAAGUCACAAUUAGGUAAAGUAGUCCGGAACCUUUCAGUCACAGUUGGGCAAAACAAGAACUUUGGUUUGCACAUAUAUUGCAAAAAUGUAUUCAGUGGAAUGUAGUCUUUCAUUGAUCAAGUGUUUUAUUUUAUACAAAUACAAGGAGGCCAUAACCCAAACUUUUUCAUAAUAGUUGAGGAGAAAAGUGAAAUUUCCAAUGAAUCCCUUUGGAACAAUAAUUUUACUUUGUCACCCUCCCUAGUCCCACGUCUGAAAAAAUCUCAUACACUCAAGCAGCUGCCACUCUGUCUUUAAUAUAAUGAGUACAUUUGAGGAUAUUCCAAUAAGUCUUAGCAAUUAUAUAUUAGAAUAUAGAACAGUACAGCUCAA